CAGCAUGCAAGCAACACAACUCCAACUCCAGCAAUCCGCGCGCUAGUGACCUGCGCACACCGCCUCGACUACGCGACAUGAGAUAGACGUUUCUCCACCACCUCCACCCCAUAUCACGACCUCACGACAAUGGCACCCUCCGCCAUCGACGAUGCGCCUGCCGCCGCAGGGCGCAACUCUCCCAAGCCUCCGCCAGUGCGCAUCUGGAAUGUGAGCGAGCCACCGUUCGAAGGCUACAGAUCUGUCGAUACCGAAGGCUACGCGCGCAGCAAUCACGAGACCGCCAUCAUAAUCGAUAAUGGGUCGUCAGCAGUACGCGCAGGAUGGUCGUUCGACUCAAAACCGCGACUCUCAGUGCUCCCGAACAUGGCGCGGUAUAGGGACCGCAAGCUCAACCGCACCUUCACAUUCAUCGGCUCAGAUGUGUAUUCGGAUGGUACAGCGCGCGGGCAGUCGAAGCCCAUAUACGAACCAGGGAGCAACGUCAUAAACAACUGGGAUGCUAUGGAGGGUGUGCUGGAUUAUUGCUUCAUCAAGAUGGGCAUCGAUGGCCGAUCAGGGAGCAUAGACAGGCCCAUAGUCAUGACUGAGCCAGUCGCCAAUCUGGGCUACACAAGAAAGACCAUGUCCGAGAUUCUCUUUGAAUGCUACGGCGCGCCCGCUGUCGCAUACGGCGUCGACUCGCUCUUCUCCUACUCAUACAAUGGUGGCCGCAGUGGCUUGGUGGUCGACUCCUCCUACACCUCGACCCACCUGAUACCCGUCGUUGACACCAAGCCUCUACUCUCACAAGCCACACGGCUCAACUGGGGGAGAUUCCAGUCUGCGCAAUAUUUGCUGAAGCUGCUUAGGCUGAAGUACCCGACUUUUCCCGGCAAGAUUAGCGACACCCAGGCCGAGGAUCUGGUCAGGGAGCACUGCUAUAUAUCGCAGAACUAUGAAGAAGAACUCAGCCACUACCUGGACUGGACCGGGCUGGAGGAUCGCGACCACAUCGUCCAAACACCAUUUACCGAACAGAUUGUAGUCCAGAAGACGGAGGAAGAGCUAGCAAUCGCAGCAGAGAAGCGCAAAGAGAGCGGUCGACGGCUACAGGCCCAGGCUGCUAAGAUGCGUUUGGAUAAGCUGAAGAAGAAGGAGGAGGAGUUUGAAUAUUACGUACAGCUCCAGGCACAGCUAGAAGAAAUACCUACAAAGAAAGAGAAGGCGCGGGUACUUGAAUCAAAUGACUUCGAUGACGAAGGCCAGCUCGACAAGAGGGUCAAGGAACUUGAGAAGUCGAUCAAGAAGACACGAAACAAGGAUCUCGGCGAUGAUGCCGAAGAAGAGCAGCAGGAAGAGCCCACCUUCCCCCUGCUCGAGGUCCCCGAUGACCAGCUUGAUGAAGAAGGCAUCAAACAGAAGCGGCAACAACGACUGAUGAAGUCUAACUACGAUGCCCGGCUCCGCGCCCGAGUAGAAAAGGAGGCAGAAAGGGCACGACAGGCGAAAGAGCAACAACUCGACGACGAGCGACGAGAAGCCGAUCCAGAAGGUUGGAUUGGCGAGCGCCGCAUUGCCCGCCAGGCUAUCGUGCAGAAGAUUAAGGAUCGCGAGCGCCUGAAGGCAGAGCUUGGCAACCGCAAGUCCCUUGCCAACCAGAUGCGAAUGAAAUCUAUCGCCAACUUGGCCUCGGAUGCGCCGUCGAAGAAGCGCCGCCGUGGUGGAGGCGACGAUGACACCUUCGGUGCUGACGACGCAGACUGGGGCGUAUACCGCACGAUCGCCACUGGCGAAGGCUCAGACGACGAAGAAGAGGAAGAUCUGAGCAAAUCACUGAAGGACAUCGAAGGUCAGCUACUCCAGCACGACCCGAACUUCACAGAAGAGUCCACCAGAGAAGCGCAGACAGAUUGGACAAAGAGCGUCUUGCACGCCUUCUUCCACGGCCCUUACCCGUACGAUUCCGAGUCUCAGCGCGAAGCCCACCAGCUCCAUCUCAACGUCGAACGCAUCCGCGUCCCCGAAGUCGUCUUCCAACCCUCCAUCGCCGGUCUCGAUCAAGCCGGCAUUAUUGAAAUCGCAUCGACGAUCCUAACCGAGCGACUCGCCAACAAUUCUCGACGAGACGAUGUGCUCAACGAUAUUUUCCUGACAGGUGGCAACACACUCUUCCAAGGCUUCGAGGAGAGGCUGAGGAAUGAGCUCAGGGCCGUGUUGCCCGCUGAGCAGAGCAUAAAGGUCAGGAGAUCGAAGGACUGCGUGCUGGAUAGCUGGCGAGGUGCAGCGCAGUGGGGAGGCAAGAAGGAAAAUAGGCGCAAUUUUAUCACUAAGGCAGAAUGGGCGGAGAAGGGUGGCGAGUACAUCAAGGAGCACGAUCUGGGUAACGCGUUGGGUUGAGUCGACUGGGCAAUGUACGAUUAUGGCGAAUCUCAAUACCAGUGGUGCCAGCAACGGCGCCACUUUCUCAUGUCGCUCGUCCUGAUUAUUUUACUGCUUAGCCGGUAUCGCGACACUGCUAUGUGCUACGUCUAUCUCUCUAAGUGUCGACCUCUAGAGCCGACCGACAGUCUGCGUUUCGGCGUGGUCGAUGGUUCACCUGAGGCUAGACUGUUCAGGAGUUCUUGCUUCUGCAACGGACUGUGCAGCUCUGUUCGAAUAAGGAAGUCUUCCUAGGGAGCAAGCACGAGCACGAGCGCGAGCACGAGCACGGCACACGGCCACCUUUCUACGGGGUAACCAAUAGUCGCUGCCCUAGCAGGUGAAUGUUAUGAGUUUGAAG